AGCUGUCAAGCUCGCGUGACACCUGCUAGCGGCGCGAAAACACUCGGCGCGAAGACACUGAAGUUUCGGUCAGCGUUCCCUCAGAUUUAAACGUGAGAAUGAAGUGUGCGGAGGACCAGACUUUGGAGGAUGAGGCGGGGUUCCAGGAAGAUGAGGAAUCUUUCUUUCAAGACAUAGAGCUCUUACAGAAGCAUGGCAUUAACAUGGCUGACAUUAAGAAACUGAAGUCGGUGGGGAUUUGUACUGUGAAAGGAGUACAGAUGACAACGCGCCGUGCCCUCUGUAAUGUGAAGGGACUCUCUGAGGCUAAAGUGGACAAAAUAAAGGAAGCAGCUGGAAAGUUGAUGGUGUGUGGAUUUCAAACAGCCUCUGAAUACAGUGUGAGAAGGAGACAAGUCUUUCACAUCACAACUGGCAGUCUGGAAUUUGACAAACUCCUUGGAGGAGGUGUGGAGAGUAUGGCCAUUACUGAAGCUUUUGGUGAGUUCAGAACUGGAAAGACCCAACUCUCUCAUACACUUUGCGUAACUGCUCAGCUUCCUGGUGAAUGUGGGUACACAGGAGGAAAGGUCAUCUUUAUUGAUUCUGAGAACACCUUUCGCCCAGAGCGGUUAAGGGACAUAGCUGACCGCUUUAAUGUGGAUCACGAGGCUGUAUUGGAUAAUGUGCUAUAUGCACGUGCUUACACGAGUGAGCAUCAAAUGGAGUUACUAGACUUUGUUGCAGCCAAGUUUCAUGAGGAGGGAGGUGUCUUCAAGCUCCUGAUAAUAGACUCAAUCAUGGCUCUCUUCCGGGUGGACUUCUCUGGAAGAGGUGAGCUGGCUGAGAGACAACAGAAGCUUGCACAAAUGCUCUCCAGACUGCAAAAGAUCUCAGAAGAGUACAACGUUGCAGUAUUUGUUACCAAUCAGAUGACUGCAGACCCAGGAGCUGGAAUGACAUUUCAAGCAGAUCCAAAAAAGCCUAUUGGAGGACACAUCCUGGCCCAUGCCUCCACCACACGCAUCAGCUUAAGGAAAGGGCGUGCUGAACUGAGAAUUGCCAAGAUAUUUGAUAGCCCAGACAUGCCAGAAAAUGAGGCUACUUUUGCCAUUACUGCUGGAGGAAUAUCAGAUGCCAAAGACUAAAAAUCUACACAAUUCCUAAAACAUUUCCAAGUUUUUCCUCAGGAUGGAAUUUGUUCCAGUUAAUGCACAUAACAGUUGUAUUUAUUUAUUUGCAUGUUUAUUGAUUCUCAAUCUGUUUAUUAUUGUCAUUUUGAAAAAUGGCAUUUUAAUAGUGACUUAAUAUUUAUUACUUGUGUAAACAAAAAUAUUUAUUGCUUGUGUAUAUGUUUUAUUUUAUUGCAAAAUAAAAUACAGUUAAAAAUCUAGAAAUAUA